ACGCGCUCACAAGCUCGCUCACCCACCCGAGAAGAAGAAGAAGAAGCUCCGGGGAAACGUCAGUUGAAACAUGGCGUUGGUUACAGGCUUAGCUAGCGUUCACCUGGAUUAUUAGACCUACAAAAUAUGUGCCGACCUAUUUAGGUGCUAGCUAAACUAAGUUAGCUAUCGAUUCCGUUAAGCCUUUAGCUAUCUGUGCUAAUUCCGUGUGCACUCAGAGCUACUAGCACAGUCGUCUAUCAUAACAACAUGAUUUGGUGAACGGUUUGCAGCUUCCUAUCUGCUGUCAUAUGCUGUUGUUAUUAUUUUUCAUACAUACUAAAGCGUUAGCCUAAAUUAGAGGAAAAUGUCAGACAACCAGAGCUGGAACUCCUCUGGUUCCGAGGAAGAUGCAGAGCCCAGAGAUGAGUCUGGACAUCUGGUUGGUAUGGUCGAUUUGAGCGGAGUCCUCAGUAAGUGGACAAACUACAUCCAUGGCUGGCAGGACCGUUGGGUGGUCCUGAAGAACAACACACUGAGCUACUACAAGUCUCAGGACGAGACGGAGUACGGCUGCCGGGGUUCCCUCUGCCUCAGCAAAGCUGUCAUCACUCCUCAUGAGUUUGACGAGUGCCGGCUGGACAUCAGCGUGAACGACAGCGUGUGGUACCUCAGAGCACAAGACCUGGAGCACAGACACCAGUGGAUUGACUCCGUUGAGCUGCACAGAACUAUCAGAGAGGGGAGGCGAGAGAAGGGAGGAAUCCAGGGGACAAUAUUCAUCCCUCCACCACUGGCUGAUUCUGGUUACGGCUCAGAGUCCAGUCUGCGGAGACAUGGCUCCAUGAUGUCCCUCACGUCGGCCACCAGCAGCUUCUCUGCCACAUCCACGUCCUCCUUCAAGAAGGGCCACAGCCUGAGAGAGAAGCUGGCGGAGAUGGAGACCUUCAGAGGCAUCUUGUGCAGACAGGUGGACACGCUUCAGAAGUACUUUGAUGGCUGUUCAGAUGCCGUGUCCAAGGACGAGCUGCAGAGGGAUAAAAUCGUGGAGGAUGAUGAAGAUGACUUCCCCAACACCCGGACAGAUGGAGAGUUUCUGCACAACAACCACGGCAGCAAAGAAAAAUUGUUCCAGACUGUGAGUCCCAAGGGAAUCAAUGGCAUAGACUUUAAGGGGGAGGCCAUCACGUUCAAGGCCACCACAGCUGGGAUCCUGGCCACGCUGUCUCACUGCAUCGACCUCAUGGUGAAGAGAGAGGACAGCUGGCAGAAGAGAGUGGAUAAGGAGAUGGAGAAGCGGCGCAGAAUAGAGGACAGCUAUAAAUCCGCCCUGAAUGAGUUGAAGAAAAAGUCUCACUUUGGAGGUCCAGAUUAUGAGGAGGGUCCAAACAGCCUCAUCAAUGAGGACGAGUUCUUCGAUGCAGUUGAAGCCGCUCUCGACAGACAGGACAAGAUAGAAGAACAGUCUCACACGGAGAAGAUAAGGAUCCAUCGAUCCAGCCCGGUCCCUCCUGGAGACGUCUACUCCAGCAUCGGCACACACAGGUUCUCCAACAAGGUGGAGGAGAUGGUGCAGAAUCACAUGACCUACUCCCUGCAGGAUGUUGGUGGAGACGCCAACUGGCAGCUGGUUGUAGAAGAGGGAGAAAUGAAGGUGUACAGGAGAGAGGUGGAAGAGAACGGGAUUGUUUUGGACCCGCUGAAGGCCACCCACUCCGUAAAGGGGGUGACCGGUCACGAGGUCUGCCACUACUUCUGGGACACGACGUACCGCAACGACUGGGAGACCACGAUUGAAAACUUCAAUGUUGUGGAGACGUUGUCGGACAACGCAACUAUUGUAUAUCAAACGCACAAGCGGGUGUGGCCGGCGUCUCAGAGGGACGUGUUGUACCUGUCGGCCAUGAGAAAGAUCUUGGCCAACAAUGAGAACGACCCGGACACCUGGCUGGUCUGCAACUUCUCUGUGGAUCAUGACGACGCUCAGCCGUCCAGCCGGUGUGUCCGCGCCAAAAUCAACAUCGGCAUAAUCUGUCAGACGCUGGUCAGCCCACCAGAGGGCGACAAGGAGAUCAGCAGAGACAACAUCCUGUGUAAAAUCACCUACGUAGCCAACGUGAAUCCAGGAGGCUGGGCUCCGGCCUCCGUGCUCCGGGCCGUGGCUAAGAGGGAGUACCCCAAGUUCCUCAAGCGCUUCACCUCCUACGUCCAGGAGAAGACUGCCGGCAAGCCCAUCCUAUUCUGAGGCUCACAGUGUUGAGACAUGUGGACAGAACUACACAUGAGGCUUUGAGGACCCUCCAUCUUCACACCGACUGCUGCUGUGACCAGUCGAGCUCCUCAGAGUGCUUUUUCCUCCUCCCAGUUUUUUUUUUUUUUUAGCUACAAGUGAGCUCCAGCACAAGAAGAGGGCUCACAAUGGAGCCCACUGGUGGCCACAUUCAAACACCUGUGAGAGACGUUCAUAAGAAAGAAUACUCCUAAACCUGGCAGAGAUAUUGUCAUUUAUCAUUUCAAGAGAAAUUGCUGCUUGUUUUCCCCCCUUCAUUUUGAUAAAAUACUAAUUAGCUUUUAUCCAAAAGGAGAUUAUGUCCGGGUGUCAUAAGAGUCUCCUGUAGUGAAUGCUCCCAGCGGGGGGGCCCCCCCCCCCCCCAUAUCAGCAGCUCCUAGUGUCACAGCUGAUGCCAUCGUCACUGCUCGUGUAGAAGACUGACUCGUCAUGUCUCUAUUUCUUACAGAUAUAUUAAUAUAUAAAUGUAUGUAUAAGAAGUUUGUAAAAAAGAAAAAGAAAAAAAAGAAACCUUUGCUAAUAGA